UCAACAGAGUCCUGUUAGAGAACUGAGCCUGUGUUUUUAUAUCAUUCACCCUUUGAAAUUAGGUAUCAAUUAACAACCACUGAAUACCUGUUCUGCUAGUUGGAGACCUGAACCAGGAGAAGUCUUUUUUUCCUACAUGGAAACCCUUGAGGAGAAAGCCAUGGGAGGGAUACAUCGAACCUUGCUGUUCCAAGGCCCCAUGGAACUCAGAAGAGGCUGGAGAAGGAAGAAACAACAUCUCUCCUUGUUCAGUGAUGUUUUGAUUAUAUCUAAUAACCUGCGUAAGAGAAACUUUAAGAUAAAAUAUGUCAUCCCACGGAGUUAUCUGUGGAUGGGUGACUAUGUGGACAUAGUCGGGACAGACAACAGCUCUGGCAAGUCGAUUCUCCUGUCCUGGCCCGUGGGAAAUUUUGUGACUACCUUUUGUUCCAUGGAACAGAAAGAUCGGUGGUAUUUUUAUCUCCAAAGAUCCAUUAAUGAAGCCACAAAGGGCUACAGGAAGCAUGUUAAACUCCCGAUAUUCACCGAGGACAUCCCAAGCUGUGCCAGUACAACAGACUUGGAAACUGUGAAUGAUGUUAUGAAGAAGUUGCUACCUAUGAUAGGAAAUCCUAGUGCUCAAGAUUAUCAACUGUGGUUCUGUCGUGGCCUCCAAGAAGCCCCAAGCCUACUCCAAGAGCAUGAGCAUCCCUAUGACAUCAUAAUGAGAAACAUUCAAAAUACUGUCAGUCGACGACAGAAAUCAAGAAAGUGCACAGCUUUUCCUGCCCUGCCUGGGCUGUAUGUACAUUAUAAACUGGGGAUCUGCGACAAAGGUUACGUAAAUGAAACUACUCCGUGUAAUGAUCUCAUCUCCUCUUUAGAUACAGAGGAGCCAACAGUUAAGAGAAGACGGCCUUUCAUAUGCUGGUUGUUCCACAAGGGCUCUGUGCCCCAUGAGGACCAAGUGUGCACAGCCCUGCCAGUUGUGAAGACAGGAAAAAUCUUCAGAAAAGAUCUGACUGCCAUUUGUGAGGAUGGCAAUCUACCCACAGCAAUUCUGGACAUACUCUCCUUUAUUAGUGUAAGGGGGCCAAUCACUGAAGGCAUCUUCAGCACACCUGGCAAAAUAAGAGCAUUCCUAGCCCUAAAAGAAAGGCUGGAUCCCGGGACAGACGUGAACUUGAACCACGAAAGUGUCCCUGUUGUGGCGUCUAUCUUCAAGGAGUUUCUAAGAAAUAUACCAGGAAGUGUGCUGACAUCUAGACUAUAUGAUGAAUGGCUUGGUGUCCUCGACCAAGUGUAUGAAGAGAAGAAAGUAGCUGCAGUGCAGAGUCUUUUAGAGCAACUACCCCAACCAAAUAUCAUUCUUUUGAAACCACUUUUCGGAAUAUUAUAUAAAAUUGAGAGAAACUCUGAAUUCAACCACAUGACAUCUUCUAAUUUAGCCAUUUGCAUAGCCCUGUGUAUUCUAUGCCUGCCUAGCUCUGGCAACUCAAGAUUGGCAGAUAUCACCAAAAAGGUUUCUCUUGUCAAAUUCCUUAUUGAGAACUAUCCAAAAAUAUUUGGAGAAGAGCUCAUUUAUGAGAGCUCAUUAUAGAGCUCAUUGCUUUGCUCUGAUGGGGAGAAGGCUUACAAUUCCCUGAACACUCCAACCAACAGUGUUGGGACAGAGGAGAAGGAACAAGAAGACAACCCCUGUCCCAGUGGGAGGACAAGCCCCACAGUUAAUGAUGCAGAGCCCAGAAGUCCAACUGCUCCUCUCCACAGUGAGGGAAUUAUAGAUUCUGAGGAACAUGUCAAAAUGUCUUUAAUAAAUUUGAUGAUUACAUGGGGCUCUGAUACCAGCCAAGACAACAUGUGUUUAAUUCCACCAGUGCCAAAUGAGGAACCCCCCACUGGAAAUUCUGAUAACCCACCAGCACCAAACAAGGAACUCCUUGUUGGAAAUUCUGACACCCAAUGGCUACCAAGUGAGGAGCAACUCAUUGUAAAUUCUGACACCCCAUCACCACCCAUCAAGAGACACCUCUUCAGGAUGUCUCUCCUGAGUGUGUGUGAGGAUGGCAAUCUGCCUACUCCAAUACUGUUUUGGUCAUACAAGUCCUUCACUUCUCAGAGUCACCCCAAGACAGUUUGGAUUUUUGAGCUGAUUGUGAAGAAUGGUGGUGUUUCCCUGACUUUCUUUUCAGAAAGUUUGUCGUUUGUGUACAAGUAG